AUGAAAGCAUUUUUGAAAGGAAGUGACAAUACAGUGUUUUCACUGUCACCAAAAGUGACAACACUCGGCCGUGAAGGAUGUGACGUUCCACUGCAGACAUCCGGAGUUGACCAGCAGCAUGCUGUGAUAGAGUAUCAUGAACAGGAAGAUUGUUAUGUCCUUCAGGACCUCAACACUGCCCAGGGAACCUACGUCAACGACUGUCGGGUACAGAAUGCCAUAGUGAGGCUAGCACCAGGUGACAUCAUCAAAUUUGGAUAUGGUGGCAUACCGUAUGAACUGAACAUAGAAAAUCCACCACCUAUUGCAUAUCCUCCUGUACAACAACGUCCAGCAUGGAGUCAACCCCUCACCCUCCUCUCUGACACGACAAAUUUCGUCCAGGCGGACAUGCAGCCAACUAUGACCCAAGCCCAGGGAUCAAUGAAUCUGCCUUACUUAUCUACUGGUACAGCUACCAUUACAAUUCCAUCAGCUGUGUGGACACCUUCAAAUCAGCCUGUACCUCGUCCUCCUGUUUCGCUUCGUGCACGACCCCUCAGUGCAGGAUCAGCUAGGCCUCUAUCUGCGGGAUCAGCUGCAGGAUCAGCUGCGGGAUCAGCUCGCAGGGUUGGUGGAACGUUUGACAGGGUGCAGACUUUCACUUCUCCAGUCCAGUCGCCAGUAACUUCACAGAGAUCUGUUGGUGUAUCAGGAGGAUGGACCAACGGACUAGACAGAAGACCAACACCUCCUGUAUCAGUUCCCAUGGGAGGUGUCCCAGAAGCUAUGAGGCUACAAGAAAAGGAACAGAAAAUAAUUGCACUGACAGAGGAAGUAUCAAGACUUCGUUCCAUGGAGGUGGAGGCAUUUCGUAAGGAACAAUUGGUACAGCAUCUGCAACAACAGAUCGCAGAGCUCCAGCAUCGUGUUACCACACAGGGGCCGCUCAUCAUGGGUGGUGAUACAGACCUGUCCCAGCGCGUUAUUGCACUAGAGAAUGAACUUACCAACAAAAACAUGGAGAUGAUUUCCAUGAAGGAACAGUUGACCAGUGCCCAGUUAGAGCGACCCUCUAGUCCACCAGUUAUGACAGAUGAACUCUCUCUCAAGCUUAAAGAAUUAAAUAAUGUGAAAAAUGAGUUGGAGAGAGUUAAGAAGGACAAGGGUAUUACCUCUGGGCUGGUUACACAAAUGCAGAGAGAUUUGUCAAGUAAAGAUUCUACCAUCAGCAAACUGACUCGGGAAAUUGAGAUGCUGAAAAAGGAACUACGUGAAAAAGAGGGUUAUGUGUCUACAAUGACUGCCAAGGUCAACAAGCUCAAGGACACAAGCAAGUCAACUGAGGAAAGGGAUGCUCGUGAGAAAGAACUCAUCAGUCUUAGACAGAAAUUCAAGUCAACUGAGAACAAGAUCCAGGAGCACCAAGAUCUCAUUAGUAAACUCAAGGAAGAACUGGAGAAAACCAAGCUGUCUGUAUUUGAGGAGAAACAGAUUCAGAAGAAAACACAGAUCCAGAUGGAUCAGACCAAAGCCGAACUUGUUGAUGUCCAACGGACAGAACGAGUGGUCAGAGUGGACCUGGAACAGGCCACAAAACGGCUGGAACGUUUCCGUAACAGAGUGAUUCAGGUGACAUACUCCACACCAGGAAUUAAGGCUCCAGAGACAGAAAUUGGUGACGAUGAACUCAUUGAAACCCUCAAAAAGAUUGUUGAUGAAAGGACAUCAUUCUUCCAGAAGGUUAAAGACCUAGAGAUUCAGCUGAAGUCAACAGAUUCUGCCCAGGACAGCUUCAAAAAGACCUCUGCAGAUCUACGCAACAAACUCAACAGCAUUAUUACACAUCUGAAGACAAAUGGAUUCAAUGUUACCUCACUGAAACAGGAACUAGACUUGCUCAAUUCAGUUGUGACGUCAGACACUCUAGUCUGGGUCCGAGACUCAUUGGUUGACCUUAUUAAGAGCACGUUGUCAUGGGAACAAUCGAUUGAAGCUUCACUAGAGCAGUGUGGUGUCAAUGUUAAAUUAUCUAAUGAUGAACCUGGAAAACACAUCCUUUUGUUGUUUGCCAAGUGGGAGUCAUCUAUUAGUGAGAAAGAGAGACUGAUGGCCCAGAUCAGUCAAGUGGAAAAGCAAUAUAAGGAAGAACUUGCUAGCAACCGUACCAUGGCAGAAGAGGAUUCAGAGAACCGUGUCCGGGAUGCCAUUGAACGAACCAGGCUUGAAGCUGAAGAGAAGUUGAAUCGGGCAUUAGAGGAAGUUCGCGCUGUGGAGGAAGAGAAACUGGACAAUGCUGUAAGGGAGGAGAGACAAAGGGUGGAACAGCUAGAGCAGAGCCUGGAACAGCUACAGGAGACAUUCACCAAUCAGCAGGGUGAUGUGCGAUCCCAGGCAGAGGAGACGAGUCAGAUGAUAGUGAAACUGGAGGAGUAUGCCUCACUGGAGACAUCACUAAGGGAACAGGUCGCUGCACUAGAAGCAAGGUGUGCAGAGUUUGAGGAAAAGCUGGCCCAAGAAGGGCUGAAUCGGGACAAGAAAUAUGAACAGGACAUUCAGUCCUACAAAGAGCAGAAUAAACAACAUGGAGUCACCAUCUGUGCCAUGGAGGAGAGACUGGUGAAAAUGACCAAGAGAGCCAAAGAAUAUCAAGAUGAGGUCUCGACCUACAAGAAAACAAUACAUGAAUUACGAGGCGAGCUAACAGCAUUGAAGAGUAAACCCAUGCCAAAGCCAACACCACCUCCCAAACCAAAGGUCAUUGUACAGAAACCAUCAGAAGACUUUGUGGCAAUGGAGAACCUUAUUGUUAUUCUAAGGAAAGAGUCUACAGAGCUGAAGAGUAAGAUACAGGACCAGGAAGAUGUAAUACUUGGUUUGAGGCGAGACUUAGCUGGAGCUCAUGCCAGAUUGUCAGAUAUUACAGGUGAACUAAGUGAGACUCAAAAACGUGAAAAUGAGAAAAAUAAGGAGCUUCUUAUACAGCGUGAGAGAGAACUAACCGACGUCCGACAGCAGCUAGCCAAACUGUCAAAGAUCAUAGACAAACAAAAGGAGGAGCUGAAGUCGCUGGAGUGCAGUCUAAGUAAAGAGAAAUCAUUCUCCCAGAAAUAUAAGUCCAACAUGACAGAAAACAUGGACAAGAUCAGAGCCCUAGAAACAGCUCUGGAGUUGGAGAAAGAGGAACAGAAAAACCAACUCUCACUGCUGGAUCAGGAGGGUCGAAUCACAUCAGAGAUGACUGCCCUUGGUGCUCAGUGUCGUGGAGAGCGACACGAACAGGUCAUCAUGAGACAACGGGAAGCCUUGUCUGAACUAAGAUCUCGAAUCAAAUCUCUGGAGGUAUCAAAACCACCGUUACCGACCCAGGACCAUGCACUUCAGCAAGUGAUUAUGCUCAAGAAAGAGCUUGCUGAAAUGAGGGCCAAUCAGGCUCUGUCUGAGGACAAGGUGGCAUUAGGAUCACUGGACCGUGAAGUUAGUCGAGCCCGUGGUCUGUUGGGUAACUCUAACCCUGAGGCAGACAUGGAGAGAAGUGCACACAGAGAGACCAUGGAUGCCUUAGACAGCAGUGAAAACACUUACCUCACAUUACUGCGAGCAGUGGCCAGCUGUCUUGAGCUGGAGAGUGUUGACGGACUGCGUCCGAUUGGCCACAUUCCCCGUGAUGAGAGAGAGCGACUCAUGAUGGAACGUGAAAAUUCCUGUCAACUUGUAGCAAAUCGUAUCAGAGUGUUGAAGGAACGAGUGUCGAGAAAGGAUGAACUACUGCAGGGAUAUGAGAGGGAUCUGGUCAAGAUGAGGCAAUCUCAAGAACUGGCAGAAAGAAAAGCAACACAAGUGGAAAAUCUGGUUUCUGAUGUUAAGACGAAGGCAGAAGAGACCCAAUAUUUACGAGAAUCUCUUAAUCGUACCCGAGAUCGACUAGAUCAGGAGAAACGCCUCAACACAGCAAUAAAACAAAGAAAGACUUUCCACUUGGAGAAUGAGCGAGCACACAUCCCCAGUUCAAGGCCUGGAUCUUACUCUAGUCAUAAAUGUUCUAAUAUGGAUAUUAUGGGAAAGAAUGCUGCUAAGAAGAGACAGCAGAAAGAUAUGAUGAAACGAAAGAAUUAUGAGAUCCAUACCCUAAAGACAGAAUUAGUUGACAAAGAGAAAUCUCUGUGUGAUACAGAGUACAGACUAGCCACACUUGAAAAUAGCAUGGGACUUGAAAGACAAGCAGAGAUUGUAGAAAGUUAACCAAAAUUAGAAAUGAUAAAUAUGUAUAUUAGUGACACAUGACUAUAUAAGGAUAUACAAACAUUCACAA